AUGUCGAAGACUCUGGUGCAGCCUGUCGGCCAGAAAAGGCUGACGAACGUGGCGGUCGUCCGCCUGAAGAAACACGGAAACCGCUUUGAGAUCGCCUGCUACAAGAACAAAGUCCUCUCAUGGCGCUCGCGCGUAGAGAAAGAUUUGGAUGAAGUUUUGCAGUCUCAUACUGUCUAUUCCAAUGUUUCGAAAGGUGUUCUUGCCAAGUCGAAGGAUUUGAUUGCAGCAUUUGGGACAGACGAUCAGACUAAAAUAUGUUUGGAGAUUUUGGAGAAAGGAGAGCUACAAGUUGCAGGGAAGGAGAGGGAGUCGCAAUUGUCGAGUCAAUUUAGGGAUAUUGCAACCAUAGUUAUGCAGAAAACUAUCAACCCUGAAACACAGAGACCCUAUACCAUCAGCAUGAUCGAGCGACUAAUGCAUGAUAUCCAUUUCGCGGUUGAACCAAAUAGCAGCUCAAAGAAACAGGCAUUAGAAGUCAUCCGCGAGCUUCAGAAGCACUUUCCCAUCAAGAGGUCUCCUAUGAGAUUGAGAUUAACUGUACCUGGAGAGAACAUCUCAUCUCUUGUUGAAAAGCUCAACAGUUGGAACGCUACUAAUAUUUCUAGAGAAGAAUCUGGAAGCAAGCUAUCUGUUGUAAGUCGCGACUUAACUUUGUAUUCCUUGGUAGGCCUACAGCUUGUAAUUUCUUUUCCAUACUUAAAAGUUUAG